AUGGGCGAUGAGUGGCGAUCAAGGCGACGUCUGGCGGGAAGCCCGUAUUUCGCUAGACAAUAUUACGGAAGUAUAUCAGUACGGCCAAGUAAGCGACCACGUGGCAAGCGACCGAGAAGUCGAUGUCCGAGACCAUCCAUCUCUAACGGCCGAGUGAAAAUAAGAGGAAGGGGACGCAUAGCGAGAUUCCGAUGUCGGAAGCGUUUCUAUCUCAUAGGGAGCCAAUACAUAUCGUGCAUCACUCGGAAAUGGUCGCAGCCGCCUCCAGUGUGCGCUAGUCCGCGAUGCGAAGCGCCCCCUACACCGCGAUUUGCCGUCGUUAUGCGGCACUAUGAGGGCGCCAUGUUGGAGUACAGGUGCCAGCCAGGCAGCAACCUGACAGGAGCAGCGGUGCUCGUCUGUGACGGCUCAUCAUGGAACGGCACGGCCCCGACGUGCGAGGAGGCGUUCCCGGAUGCGAGUUAUAACUGUAGCUUCGAGCAAGGUUACUGCGGCUGGACGCACGGACUCUUCGAUGAUUUUCAGUGGCAGCGGAUUCAGCACAGUGCCCCGUCCAAGCCCGUAGGAACUGGACCCAGCUUCGAUCACACACUAGGUGUCGACCAAAGCGGGUUAUUACGUGGUACAUGGAGUGAGUAGGCGUACCUCAGCAGCC